CAUAUAUAUAUAUACACCAUUUAAAAGUAAACCAAUUUCCUCAUUCUUUAUCCUCCAAAUCAAAUUAAAUCAUCUCUUGUUUUCUCUCCCUACGUUUCUCUAUAGUUAUGGCUUCGUUACUUCUCAAAUCUUCCAGUAUUAUCACAACUAUCAGUCCUACCAUGGUUGUCCGGUCAGUGUUACCCAUUGGAUCUUCUCUGCCUUCUAUCCGCCUGAACCGUCCGUGCAAAAAAGUGACUUUGUUUGUCUCAUGUAGCUCCUCUGAGUCGAAACAUGCGGUAACUAGUGGCACUGACCUUAAACCCAUCGUGGAACGGUGGCCUGAAUACAAACCGAACAAGCUCCCCGACAAGAGGUAUGUGCGUAUAUUAGACACGACGCUCCGUGACGGUGAACAAUCUCCCGGUGCAGCUCUUACUCCACCGCAGAAGCUAGAGAUUUCCCGCCAGCUCGCUAAACUCCGAGUAGAUAUCAUGGAAGUCGGUUUUCCAGUGUCGUCUGAGGAAGAGUUUGAAACCAUUAAAACUAUCGCCAAGACCGUCGGGAACGAGGUGGAUGAGGAAACCGGCUACGUCCCGGUGAUAGCCGCCAUUGCACGAUGCAAAAAAAGUGACAUCGACGCGGCUUGGGAGGCGCUGAAGUACGCGAAGAGGCCGAGGGUGACAUUGUUCACAUCUACUAGUGACAUUCACAUGAAAUAUAAGUUGAAAAAGACUCAAGAAGAAUUGAUCGAGAUAGCCGUGAGUAGUAUUAAGUACGCUAAAAGCUUGGGCUUCACUGACAUCCAACUUGGGUGCGAAGAUGGUGGCAGGUCGGAUAAGGAUUUUCUAUGUAAGAUUCUAGGAGAAUCGAUUAAAGCGGGGGCAACAACGGUGGGAUUCGCGGACACGGUCGGGAUCAACAUGCCCCCAGAAUUCGGAGAACUCGUGGCUUAUGUCAAAGCUAACACUCCUAGGUCUGAUGAUGUUGUCUUCGCCAUUCAUUGUCACAACGACCUUGGUGUUGCUACCGCCAACACAAUCUCCGGUAUAUGUGCGGGCGCAAGACAAAUCGAAGUGACGAUCAACGGAAUAGGUGAAAGAAGUGGGAAUGCGCCGCUUGAAGAGGUCGUGAUGGCUUUGAAAUGUCGAGGAGAAUAUCUGAUGGAUGGUGUUUACACAAAUAUAGACACACGCCAAAUUAUGGCUACUAGCAAGAUGGUUCAAGAGCAUACCGGCAUGUAUGCUCAACCACAUAAACCCAUAGUUGGAGACAACUGUUUUGUUCAUGAGAGUGGCAUUCACCAGGAUGGAAUGUUGAAAAAUCGAAGUACAUAUGAGAUCUUAUCACCAGAAGAUAUUGGGAUCGCAAAAUCUCUAACGUCUGGACUUGUUCUUGGGAAGCUUAGUGGACGUCAUGCUAUAAAAGACCGGCUGAAAGAGUUGGGAUACGAAAUUAGUGAUGAGCAGUUGAAAGACAUAUUCUUACGAUUCAGAGAGUUAACCAAACAGAAAAAGAGAAUCACCGACGCUGAUCUGAAGGCCUUAGUGGUGAACGGUGAUGAAAUCUCAUCAGAGAUAUUCCACAACCUCAUGUCAAGCCCUCAGAUUCCCUCUGUGGUAUAAGUUGGUGAAGACGUUUUGUAUUUGUGUACUAUACGAUAUUAUGUUCCUUUUAUUUUAUAUUAAAUCAAGCUUUAUUUGAUAUGCAUGCAUGCAUGUCUUGUUAUUCUAAUGAAUAAAAAUAGUAUUAACGGGGAGCGUUUCAUUGUAAUUUUAUCAAUAUAUGUUCUUGAUGUUUACAAAAAACA